CCACCAUGGCACCGAUGAACACCACAAUGGUGCCGACCACCCAGACUACUGAUGUCAUGACCACAGCAGCAGCUGGUCCUCGUUCUUGGAGGGUGACAUUCGAUGCCAACUGCACCGUCGCCUUGACUAACAAAGUGGAGUUCCUCCAGAACUGCAGUGUCGAAUGCGCUCAAUGGCUCAGCGCCAAUGAAAGCACCGUGAGGUGCGUAGACGUACUUUGCGGCUCCACCAUUGUCGUUGUAGAAGUCGACCCUUCGGCCAAUCAGACAGCCGUUGCUGAGAAGUUUGAGAACCUUAACGACCCGAACUCUACGGAACCCCUGAUGUUCUCGUUUGGAGGGUCAACGUUUGCAGCAGCGAGUUCAGAGAUCGUCCAGCCACCAACUGCAGCUCCGGAAACUCCUGGAACCACUACUACAUCCCCGAAACCUGCAGGGUCCUUCUGCAUGAUCCGAGGGCUGGAUUACACCGGCUGCGUCAUCUUCCUGUCCUGCGUGAUCGCCAUCGGAGUCAUCCUGCUAGUAGCCAUCCUGUGUUGCAUCGUCAGGUGCUGCCGGCGGCAGAAGAGCAAGUCCUUCGACCUCCUGAGCGACAUCCCCCAUAUCUCUCUGAGCGACUACCCCAUGACGACCAUCCCGCGCCCGUCCGUGUACCAGCACGGGUCAGGCAACCCCGGCCAGGUCAACAUGGCGUACAUCACCGACGACGACCUGGACAAGCCCAAGCAGCCGCUGGAGUCCUCCAACACGAGCCAAUCCAGCCACAGCUCUGGGAGGGCGGAGGACGAGAAGAACACAAGCGCGCUUAACGACAGCGGCAGUAACCAUGUUGUGCAGCAAGCGUCGGGAGCGUCCUACCAGGCUGUUGCGACAGAAGACCAGCCCCCUCCAGUGUACAGCCCCCAAUCAGGUACAAACGGCGUGGUCGUCCAGGCAACGGGAACUGACCAGGCCCCCGGGCCGCUGCCCCCCUCGUCUGCUAGCCCAGUGACCGAAGACUUGCUUGCUCAAAUACCAGAAACUGUGGACACCUCUGAAGUGCCUGAAUCGGAGAACCCUACCAUCUCGUUCAGGGAGGCACCCGACGCACAGGACGACCCUGAGUCCCCUGCUCCUGCGAGUCCCAAGGUCAUCAAAGGUGAAGAUGGUUCCGUGAGCGUCGUCGUCAACUGGUAGACUGGUUCCCCACAGUUCACUAUCAUUGGUCUCAAACAUUUCCAUACCACACAGGGCCCAAAAUCCCCACUUGCAAUUUGCAGGAAAAAAUUGCAAGUUCAGUAUAAGCCUGGCAAGCACAAUCUUGGUGUCCCAGAUUUUAGUAAGAUAUUGUAUAUGUACUGAAUGAUGAAUUUUGGCGCUGCUACAAGAAUGUACUACAAACAACUAAGAGCAAGGUUACUAUACAGGAGACGUAUAACCACAAAAUUUAUACUGAUACAUGUACUUUGAAAAGACCAUUAGAGGGUAGUUUGGAGAAAAUUUUCCAUGUUGGAUUUUUAGUAUCAACUCGUUGAAAUCUGUAUUUAGAAGCAGAAUUUAGAGAAAGAAGUUUUCACCGCAGAAUAAAGGCAGGUUUGAAAGGUAUGUAUUCACCACAAGAAUAUACCUUGAUAAUACGUCAGUUGUUGAUUUU